AUGACUGUGUUCUAUAAUGCUGCUGGUGGAUGUUUUUAUGGAGAAUGCACUGUAUGCUUAAUGAAUGCCACAACGAAGUUAGUGAAAGAUGUUCAACCAGGUGAUCGAGUGGCACCAUAUGGCGGUAUGGUUCGAUUUGUUGUUAAAACCAAAUGUCCAAAUCGAAAAGCAAAAAUGGUUAUCGUUGAAAACAAUUUAAUCAUUACUGCAUGGCACCCUAUACGUCUUUCUUUACAAUGGAUUAUGCCAUGCUCACUUGUUUCCUCAAUACAUGAAGUAUCAUGUGACUAUGUAUAUAAUUUUGUACUCGAUCAAGGUCAUACAAUUUUGGUCAAUGAUGUUGAAUGUGUAACAUUAGGUCAAGGGGUUCAAGAAGAUGUUGUUCGACAUUCCUACUAUGGUAGUCAAAGAGUAGUGAAAGAUUUAGAAAGACUUGAUGGCGAACAAAACAAUGGAGGAAUCAUCGAAGUAAGUCAAGGAGCAUUGGUGCGCAGUAAAAAGACUGGUCUCGUCAAAGGCCUACAGGUGCAGGAGAUAUUAGUUCAAUGA